AUGGAACAGGCCUCGAACGUUGGUGACACUCGAAAGCUCUACCGUCUGAUCCGCCAAGUUAGAGGUAAGCCCUCUACACUGAGUGACUCUGUUCGCGAUGUGAACGGCGACUUUAUGGCUGACAACUCGGACAAAGUCGAGCGCUGGCGUAAGCACUUUGAGCACCAUCUCAACUUCGAUACCCAACCUACACCGCCCUUGCUCUCCUCCUCAGCGGAGUUUCUUCUCUCUCCUACCUAUGCAGUGCUAUGCGACCCCCCUCCGAGGGAGAAGUCGCCGAUGCCAUACGAAAGUUGCGCAACAAUAAGACACCCGGAGAGGACGGUAUACCUGCUGAAGUCUUCAAGUCUUGUGUCGACACUCUGGCACCCUGGCUCCAUGAUUUGAUUGAACAAGCGUGGAGAGACGAGGUUGUUCCUGAUGACUGGGGCUUAGGCAUCCUUGUACCUAUCCUCAAGUAGGGAGAUAAGACGAGAUGCGAGAAUUACCGCGGCAUAAGUCUAAUGGACGUUGCUGUAAGGAUCUUCGCUAAUGUCCUAGUCAGGAGAUUCCAGACUGUGCGUGACUCAAGGACGAGGCUCAGCCAAACCGGAUUUCGUGCUGGACGUGGAAGCGCAGACCAGAUAUUCACACUGAGGCGCUUCUCGAAUUUCGCCAUGGCUUCCAACAACCGACGGCCGUCUACUUCGUUGACUUUGCCGCCGCGUUCGAUUCCGUUCACCGUGAGUCCCCGUGGCGGAUAAUGGCGGUAGAUGGUGUACGGGAAAAAAUCAUUGCCAUGAUCAAGGCCUACUAUCGCUCCACCAUUGCGAGAGUCCUGGUCCGCAGCAAUAUUUCCAAACCGUUCGGUAUUCGGUAUGGCGUGAAACCGUCGUGACCUCUCCAUCGCCACCAAGAUUCGCGUGUACCGUCCAUCUGUCCGGUCUGUCUUCCUCUACGGUUGUGAAUGCUGGGCUUUGCGCGUGGAGGACAAGCGAAAACUGGAGGUAUUUGACCAACACUGCUGGAGGACCAUCCUUCGAGUGAAGUUCACCGACUUCGUCUCAAAUGAGACAGUCCGCGCUCGCUGCAACAACAUUGCAAGGAUAACUCAGGUUAUCCAAGAAAGACGACUGAGUUGGUUCGGGCAUGUUAUUCGUCGUCUACCUCAGGAGCUCAGUGUUACUGCCCUCGAUCCGGCACCGUUGACCCAUUGGCGGCGUCGAAGAGGGGAUCUGUUCAAAACCUAUCUCGACACAGUUCGUCAAGACAUGGAGGUGGUUCGUGGACCUUCGAUAUUCGGUCUCCGUCGUUGGCGAAGGGAAUGGGUUGAACUGUCAAAAUCUGCUGCCGCGGAUCGUCACGCGUGGAGAGGUACAGUUCGGGACAUCAUCGAGCCCGGCUAG